AAGGAGUCAGGUUUACGGUGGCUGCUCCGUGAAAAGUAAAGUUCUCGAUUUUUCCAGAAACGAGUCAAAUGGCGGCGGAAAAUACGGUUGGCCUUGACCAGCAAGUGAGUUGGAUCUAUAUAUAAGACGCUCUUUCUUCCUCUCUGUUCUAAUUUGGCGCAGUAUUAACUAAACACUUAAAGUCAGUUCUCUAUACUGGAGUUCUAGCGCCCCAUAAAAAUCUGGAAAGAAAAGAAAUUAAGACUUAACAAAAUGGCGUAAACGAAAUAAGCGGGUAUAGCAACGACGUUACAGAUUAGUCCAUAGGAUUCGCAUAAUGGCGGCUUUUGUUUGCGAACGGGAGUUUCUUUAAAUACGUGUGUGGCGGUUCAUGAAAGGGAACUUGUUUUUCUCUAUAAUUCUUGGAAUUAUUGUGUUCACAUCGGGUGGCCUCUAAUUCCUGAUGUUUGUGCGUGAAUGUAAGUCGAUAAAAGAACUGACGCCACAAAUUUUGCUUGGCGUUUAGAAAAUGCUGCCUUAUAAUGAGGAAAUGGCGGCGGGCUUAGGCCGUGCUGCGGUUCUACAGGGCCUAACCAGCGCGAGAGUUCGUAUUUAUUUAUACUUAUCUGAUACUGUUCUUCCACAGUAGUCCCUUUUACCCCUCUCCCGCGGUGUGUAGGUAGAGGGACUUCCUAUUUUUCUGAGUUCUGUGACGCAGGAAAACCGAAGGGAAUAGACCAGAGCAGAGACGAUAAAAGAAUGCCUGCAGUGUACUUCUCUUGACAGUAGUCUGCAAAUAAUGGAGGUUGGAGCUUGUUGGGAGAUGAGGCUUCUUUUCAUUCACAGCAUUUAGAUCGCUGAGACCAGUAGGGUUUUGUUUUGGUUGGUUAACUGUUUGUUUGGGGUUUUUUGUUUGUUUGGUCGGUUGGUUGGUUUUUUCUUUUCAUUCUAACCACCCCUCCCCCCUUCUUCUUUCUUCUGCCUGGUCUCCUCUCCUCUCGUUUCUUUUCUUGGCUUUUUGAGACAGAGUUUCUCUGUGUAGCCCUGGCAGUGCUAAAACUUGCUCAGUAGAUCAGGCUGGCCACCUGCCUCUGCUUCCCAAGUGCUAGAAUUAAUGGCGUGUGCCUGCACUACCACUGAAUCCGCUUGGGUCUUUCUUAAACCUAGAUCACACAACAAAGUACUUAAAUAUUUCGUUGUGGUUGUUAGGCAAAAAAAAAAAAAAAAAAAAAAAAAGAGAGAGAGAGAGAGAGAGAUUUUCUUUUUGCCAGUGGAGAAAGACAACAUUUUAGGUAAAAGUUGCCACGCAGUGGUUACACACAACAUUACCUUUUGAGAUGUCCAGAACCGGAAAGAAAAGCCUCCGUUACUGCUACUGGAUUUUUGCCCUGCCGAUACCAUGUCUUUUGUUACUUAGAAAGUUUAAAUUGAUAUAACUUGACCUUCCCACCUCCCCUCCCCCACCUCACACCUUUAAAAGAGGUUUUUGUUUGUAUAUUGAGGAGUAUAUGACCUAGUCCAUGCUGUUUUAACAACAGCUCUACUAAACUUUAGCCCUAGUACACUUGUUAUUUUUAUUUUGAACCAAUGGCUAAUAAAUGUCCUUGCAACCUCAGCUAUACAGUAAUUUAGUAGUAUUUUUGUACUCAGUAUAGACACACAAAUGUUCAAGAAAUACAUUUGUAGAUGCAUGGCACAUUGCUUUUUUUAUAAAUGAACACCUGAAACUCCGCCUUAUAAUACAUAAUACAAGAAGUGCUAGAAACCAAAAUAACCUUUAUUCUGUCUUAUAUUCUGCCAGUAUAAAGAAGGGUAGAGAUAAAAGAUAAUGUAUGUCUAUCCCUUAUUAGCUUGAUAACUAACAAAAGACCUCCAGCUUAACCUAUUUCUUGCUGAUGUUUUCUUGCAGAGCACCCAGGUUCAAUUCCCGGCAUCCAUAUUGUAAUUCAUCCCCGUAACUUCAAUCCCAGGGGAUCCAAUGCCCACUUCCUUAGGCACCAAUAAUGUGUAUGUUAUGCAGUUUGCUGGUCUUGACAUGAACUCAGAUAAUCAGAAUGGAGGAGUUAGUACAGAAAGCAAAGGGCGCUAUAUACCUCCUCACUUAAGGAACAGAGAAACAUCUAAAGAACUGAGGACCAAACCCAGGGCCUUGUGCGUGCUAGGUGUCUGUGAUAAGGACAAUUCAGGGUGGAGUAAAGAUAAAGAUGCCUACAGCAGUUUUGGAUCUCGGGAUUCCAGAGGAAAACCCAAUUAUUUCAGUGAUCGUGGAAGUGGAUCCAGAGGAAGGUUUGAUGAUCCUGGUCGAAGUGACUAUGAUUGUAUUGCCAGUCGUGACCGAAGUGGAUUUGGCAAAUUUGAACGAAGUGGUUAUAGUCGUUGGGGUGACAAAUCAGAUGAAGAUGAUUGGUCAAAACCACUUCCACCAAGUGAACGCUUAGAGCAAGAACUUUUCUCUGGAGGUAAUACAGGGAUUAACUUUGAGAAAUAUGAUGAUAUACCAGUAGAGGCAACUGGAAAUAAUUGUCCUCCUCACAUUGAAAAUUUCAGUGAUGUUGAGAUGGGAGAAAUUAUCAUGGGAAACAUUGAACUUACUCGUUACACUCGUCCUACUCCAGUUCAGAAACAUGCUAUUCCAAUUAUUAAAGAAAAAAGGGACUUAAUGGCUUGUGCUCAAACAGGGUCUGGAAAAACUGCUGCAUUUCUACUGCCCAUUCUCAGUCAGAUUUACACAGAUGGUCCAGGAGAGGCUUUGAAGGCUAUGAAGGAAAACGGAAGAUAUGGUCGCCGUAAACAAUACCCAAUCUCCUUGGUGUUAGCUCCAACAAGAGAAUUGGCUGUGCAGAUCUAUGAGGAAGCCAGAAAAUUUUCGUACCGGUCUAGAGUCCGACCUUGUGUAGUGUAUGGUGGUGCUGAUACUGUUCAACAGAUUCGGGACUUAGAACGAGGAUGCCACUUGUUAGUUGCCACACCAGGACGUCUAGUGGACAUGAUGGAAAGAGGAAAGAUUGGACUAGAUUUCUGCAAAUACUUAGUGUUGGAUGAAGCUGACAGGAUGCUGGAUAUGGGAUUUGAACCUCAGAUACGUCGUAUAGUUGAACAGGACACUAUGCCACCAAAGGGAGUUCGUCACACCAUGAUGUUUAGUGCUACUUUUCCUAAGGAGAUACAGAUGCUUGCUCGUGACUUUUUAGAUGAAUACAUCUUUCUGGCUGUAGGCAGAGUAGGCUCUACUUCUGAGAACAUCACACAGAAAGUAGUAUGGGUUGAAGAGUUAGACAAACGGUCAUUUUUACUUGAUCUCUUAAAUGCAACAGGGAAGGAUUCAUUGACUUUAGUAUUUGUGGAGACUAAAAAGGGUGCAGAUUCACUGGAGAACUUCUUAUUUCAAGAAAGAUAUGCAUGUACUAGUAUUCAUGGAGACAGAUCACAGAAAGAUCGAGAGGAGGCCCUUCACCAAUUCCGCUCAGGGAGGAAGCCAAUUUUAGUGGCUACAGCUGUAUGUAUAUUUUAUUUUUUAGUUAUUUUGUCUGACUGUUACUUUAAUUUAAUUAGUAUUAUUUUUCAGGUGGCAGCAAGAGGUCUAGACAUUUCAAAUGUGAAACAUGUUAUCAAUUUUGAUUUGCCAAGUGAUAUUGAAGAAUAUGUGCAUCGUAUUGGCCGCACAGGACGCGUAGGAAACCUUGGUCUUGCCACCUCUUUUUUCAAUGAGAGGAAUUUGAACAUUACGAAAGAUUUGUUAGAUCUCCUCGUUGAGGCUAAACAAGAAGUACCAUCUUGGUUGGAAAGUAUGGCUUAUGAACACCACUACAAGGGAAACAGCCGGGGACGUUCUAAAAGCAGAUUCAGUGGAGGAUUUGGUGCCAGAGACUAUCGACAGAGCAGUGGUUAUGCAAAUUCUGGGUUUAAUAAUAAUCGUGCCAACAGCAGCCGAACUAGUGGUAGUACCCACAACAGAGGAUUUGGUGGAGGUGGCUAUGGAGGUUUCUACAGCAAUGAAGGAUAUGGAGGAAAUUAUAACUCCCAGGCAGUUGACUGGUGGGGCAAUUGAAUUUGUGCCUAAAUCGUCAUUUCAUAUAGCUAAUAUGGAAACCACAUGUAACUUAGCCAGACUGUAUUGUGUAGCUUCAAGAACUUGCAGUACAUUACCAGCUGUGAUUCUUCUAAAAAUUCAUGAGAGCUCAAAGUCACAACCUGUAACCCUAUUCAAAAGUUGAUGUGAAGAAUUAUUGUAGUUGGAUUAAAUCCCUUCCUGCUUGGUUGCACCCUAAACUGCAUUUAUAAUUUGUGACUGAGGAUCAUUUGUUAAUGUACUGUGACUUUUGACUUUAAACAACUUAUCUGAUGUCCUGUUCGCUCAAUAAUGCUCAAGAUACCAAUUGUUUUAAUAAGUUAAUUGAACCUUGGCACACAAGUGUGAGACACCUUAACAGAAAUCACUUAAUUGCUAAAUAUGAUGGUGAAAGAAUUUAGGCAUAACCUGAAUAGGAAAUUUUUGGUAUAUGCAGAGUUGGUGGUAAAACUUUUUUUUUUAAGUUUGUAAUGUGGCAGACAAUACAAAGCUAAAGUUCUGAAUUGCUCACUCUAUCUUGGAUUGGCACUUAAACUUUUUAAAAAAUAUGAUUAUAUAUGGUUAUAUCCUUUAUUUUUGAAAGCACUAAUACAGAUCACUAGAAUGAUUCCUCAUUUACUAUUUUAAGUAAUUUACAUUGGCAUACUUCUACAGGAAAAUUAAAAAAUUUGGUGAGGAAUUUAGGAUAUAAAGUUGAGAUUUAUUUAAUGCCUGCCAUACAUAAAAAUGACAUAUUAAUGGCUGACCAUGGCAGUGACCAGAACAUAUCACAAUCUUGUUAAUUCUGGUCUUUAAUGCAUGCUAGUGUUGGUGUUUUUUGGUCAAGAGAGUAUGAACAGAAAGGAUUAUGCAGCAGCAGGCUUUUAUUUUUACACAGUCACAUUUUUUUCUGUUAAACUAUGUGGAAAUGUAAAAAAAAAAGGCUUACAUACAUAUUAUGUAAAUAUAAGAAUAACAAAUUGCAAUUGCUGAGGUCUCACAGGUUGGAUCUAUGUACUAAUUAUACAGUGCAGUUUUCAUAUAUUUUAGUUGCAUAGGUUUCCAUUGUAUUAUAGUCAUAUUUUAAUUUGCCAAAGAUGAUUGUCCAUCACUAAAAAUGCCUUUUACUUUGAGAAUUUCCUGGAUAGAAUACAAUACAAUAAAUUUCAAAACCUAAGACAUUAAAAAUGUCAUAAGUUAACAAAGUUUUCUAAAAGUGCAAUAGAUUUUUCAAGUGUAUUGUGCCUUGUAUUAAAAUUUUAUUAAAGUAGGUGUACUUGACAGUAUUAUCAAGGUCAUUUGUUACGGUGCUAUUUGAAUUUUAGCAGUUUAGACUGUACAUUUUGCCCAUAACUUUUUACAAAGUACUUAUUUUAUUGCACAUGAAGAGAAUUUUAUAUGUGUAUCUUAUGUACAAGUCCUUGAAGUUCCAAUUGGAGAUUGCUGAUUACAGUGUUUUACAGUGAUUACUUGGUUCAGAAAAUUUCCCUUGGACCUUGGAAUGAUAGUUAAGAAAACCUAUUUGCACAUAACAGACUUUGCUGCUAGUUUGUGUAAUAUUUAUUGAACAUUUUGACAAAUAUUUAUUUUUGUAAGCCUAAAAAUGAUUCUUUGAAAGCUUAAAGAAACUUGACCAAAAGACAGUAUAAAAACACUGGUAUUUGAAUGUUGAUUGUCACUGUAUAUGAAAUAGUAUAUUUUGGGUAGUGUGAGCUUUUAAUGUUAAGUUCUACUAAACUUGAGUCAAAUUAAUCUAACCCAGUAUUGGUGAUGUGGCUACACUUUUUUUUUUUUUUUUGACAAAAUGAAAGGCAAUUGGAAUAAUGACAUGCCAAGGUUUUGAUAUAUUUAAGAUACUAGUGAAAACUAAACAUUUUCUCAGUUUGUUUGAAUUUACAUGAUCUAUUUGUUUCAGUAUUGUAACUGUCUGGCAUAUUUGUAAUCUUCAAACAUGUGGUUAUAUCUUUGUGUUGCCAUAAACAGUGAUGUUUUACGUUCAUUUUUAUCAGCCAGCAAUAUUUUCAGUGUAUAAUGCAUCUAACUAGCUGAAUGUAAAUGUUAAAUUUAAGUUACUAUAAAGUUAGUAAUUGCUUUAUUGUGUUACUAUUAGAUGCUAGCGCUGCAUGUGCCUAAUCUCUCCUCAUUUUAUUAAAAUAAAAAGUAUAGCAAAAUGUUUACUAUACUUGUGAACUUGCAUGCUUGAACUAUUGGAAAUCUCAUUUUUAAUUAAUAAAACAAGGUAUUUGUAAAGUA